UGCGUAUCACGUAGACUACACCACUGCAACAAACACCAACAUGCACACAUGCACAGAGUUGAGUGGAGCACAUUCACUUUCCAAGGACAGAGAGGGGUAAGAGGCACAAGGCUCCUCCCUGAGAGUUUGUGAAAACAUUCCAGCAAAGUGAGAGCGGUCAAAGAAUUGGAAAGUCUCAGAGCGGCCUCUUACUUUCUCUCUAUCCCUCUCACCUCUUUGCAUAGGUAGUUACCCUGUAUACAAAGUGUUUAUACAGUAGAUUGCGUGAAGCUCUGAGGACCGUUCUGGGAGGGGAAAACCUGAAGAAGCAUCUAAACUCUGGACAAACAAAGAAUCUGAGCUGCCCCCAUUGAUCUGCUCACAAUGAAGCCGGUGUUUGUCCUCCUUGUUACCACCGCCUGGACUUUCACUGGAGCCCAGUAUUACUAUCAGGGGCUGAUGGAUUAUCUGGAGAACAGGUUGUCAGCUAUUGAGGACCGCAUGCAGUUGUGGCAUGAACAAUCCCAUCGCUACCACACAGAGAUGCUGGAUUUCAAAAAGCUAACUGCCGAGGCCAUGAAUGGGCUAAGGAAUGAGCACAGCGUGCUGUUCAAAGACCUGGAAGGAGCUGCAGUCAGAGUGGACCGGAUGGAGCGAGAGAUGGACUACGUGGAAGCUCAGACUUCCCCUCGGGCCUGUGCGAAUAAAGCAGACAAGGUGGUGGAGCAGGGAGCCUGGGGGCUGGAGAGCAGAGGAGAGGAAGAGCAGGAAGAAGACUGGGAGGAGCUGCACUCCAGAGUCUCUGAUUGUGUGGAAAUCAUCUCUGGCAUCAGAUCAGUCAAGAUCCUGAAGAGAGUGGGCAGUCCCAAGGGCAUGUGGACCAGAGACCCCAGGUCGUCCAAGGUUUACGUCUUUAACGAGACAUCCGGAGACAGCAUCUACCAGUUCAACUCUGUACGAGACUUUUCCCGCUCUCCUGGCGUCACCAGCAGCCGACAGAUCAGGCUUCCGUCUGAGUGGAGCGGCCCCGGCAGCGCUGUCUAUAACAGCUAUUUGUACUACAUACAGCAGACGGCCGAUAUGGACAUGCAGGUGGUUAAAUAUGACCUGCUGAGUGGCUCGGUGACAGACGUCGCCAUGUUCCCCGUGGAGAGCCAGGCUACAGUUUACAGCCUCAAUCCGGAAACCGUUGCGGACCUGGCAGCAGACGACGAAGGCCUCUGGCUCCUGUACGCCAACAGCGACAGUGAGCCCAACAUCAACCUCGCAAAGAUGGACCCCGCCACGCUCGAUAUAGAACAAAUCUGGGACACCCGGUGCCCACGGGAGAACGCCGAGGCGGCUUUCGUAGUCUGUGGGACCGUCUAUGUCGUGUACAACACCCGCCUGGCCAGCCGAUCCCGUGUCCAGUGUCUGUUUGACGUCAACGACAUGGUGAUCAGCCAGGAGGCUCCCCUGAUCUACUUUCCCAGGAGGUACGGAGCCCACGCCAGUCUGAAAUACAACCCCGAGGAAAAACAGCUCUACGGCUGGGAUGACGGCUACCAAAUCAUUUACAGACUGACUAUGAAGAGGAAACUGCUGGUGUGACAGCAGGGACGUUGUGUCAUGUUGUCAAAAGGCAAUGCUAAAGAACGGAAGCAGUACAUUUACACAUGCUUUGCCAAAAGUCUUCCAGCAGCCUGCAGACUCUUCAUUCACUUUAGAUUGAAUACAGAUCACCCAUAACAUUACACAUUUUUAAGCAAAUGAAUCCGCCUUUGAACUAUUAUUUAUUCAUUUGAUCCUUUUUUUUCUUUUGUGUGUUUAUAUACCAAAACAAACAUGAAAAUGCCACUCGGUUUAUUAGAGGCUGUCAAGUCUUUACUUGAUAUGUGGUGUUUUGCGUCCUCCCCUCAUUUUAUUUGACCAUUUGAUUUGAGAUGACGAAAUCUAAUUGCCUUUUUUGUGCCAUAGCUGCUUGUUAAGCCACCGGCUGCGUUCUCAUUAUAUGCUGUCUUUUAUUACCACAAAACUCACAGCCAUUUUUUGCACGAGUCUUUUAAUCAAAGCAAAGACAAUCUCACCACAGAACCGAUAACACGUCACACCCCAUGGGAGGACAAAACAACAAACUCUUUCCUCUGUUGAUUUUCAGACUUGUUGAAACAAAAGAAUGACACUCUGUGGCUGAAAUAAUGUCUGAUAUUUCAGUUUUACUUUAUUACACACUAGGUCACUCAUAUCCAGAGUCUUGAAAAUGAUCUAGGAACUCAUAAUAGACUUUUUGUUUUUGUCCCAACUAACAACUGUUGAUGUCAAUCACCAGAACAUCUUCUCAAACAUUUCUAUUAUAACAAAUACAAAAUGUUCAAUAGAAAAUUGGAAAUUCAGAGUUAUCAUAACAGUUGGAAGGGAUACAAGAUCAUAUCAAGAAACAUUACAAUAUUAGGCAAAGCUAGAAGGUCUUGAAACUGUUGAUUUAACAGGUUUCUUCUACUAUGAAAACACCACAUUGUCAGAGAAAUAUAUGACCGUUCUAAAGCACGU